AUGUUGGCUGCCAUGCUUCGCCAGACUUCCAGCGGUGGGAAUAGCACCAACAGCAGCACCAGCAGUGGGGCCAAGAUUACAAUGGGAAUCUCCAGGCUUUCCAGCACCAGUCUGGGUUCCUCUGGCUCUGGGAAUGCGGGACCAUUUGUAUCGGGAAGAGGGAACAAGAGCGGAUGUGUCAGUCCGGACAGCCCAGAUGCACCUGUGUCAGAUCCACACUACAUCAUGCAGCUGGUCAGCGAUGUGCGCAAGUUUGCUGAUGUCCUGUUGCAGCUCAAGGAGGUGUUUAACUCCAAAGAGCACCAGGACUGUCUGCACCACGCGGUCCACGAGCGCCUGGGAGAGCUGCUUCGAGUCCUGAAGGCCAUCAUCAACAAACACCAGAGUCUGAACUCGGUGGACAUUCUGAGCACAGCAGGAACCGUCAUUGCUUCAGUCAAAGGAGUGAACUUCAAGGAGGUGAACGAAGACAACAAGCAGAAACUGUUCGGAGAGAUCUACACAGCCAUCGACACUUUGGCGUUCACCUUUGGCAAUGUAGUGUCUGACUUCCUUAUGGGAGAUGUAGAGAACGGAUCGGUGUUGGGGCUGCCCCUGACGAAAAGGAGCAGGUCUUUUGAGAACCUCUCUGUGGAAUCUGGAGUAUCUGGUCCGGAGAAAGAUGAUCCUUCAGGGCCAUCUCCACCUGUCCGAGCAGAAGAAGUGGACCAGACUCUGCAGAGACAGGACAGCGGGGUGGACUCAGCACUGCUCUAUGCAAAGUCCUGGUCCAAGUACACCAAGGAGCUGCUGGCCUGGGUGGAGAAGAGAGUCAGCACGGACAUCGAGUGUGCCAAGAGCUAUUCUAAAAUGGCUGAGUCUGCCAAAACGCUGGCGAGUCAACAGGAAUUCAUGCCGUUUCGGGAGAUCUACACCGCUGCCUUCAAGAACGACUCGGAGUACAGUCAGCUGGUUCUGCAGACGGCCGCCAUCCUACAAACCCACAAGUUCACACAGCCUCUUGUGGCUCGAAAGAAUGAGCUGGACAAACUACGGAAAGAGGUCAAAGAGCAUUGGCAGAGGGAGCUAAAGAAAAUGAACGAGGCAGACUGUGCUCUGAAGAAGGCAAGGCUGCUGCAGGCUCAGCGGCAGGACGAGUACGAGAAGGCCAGAGUGUCCACGAGUCGCCUGGAGGAGGAGCAAGGGGGAGCAGGGGGCACAGCGGGGCUCAAGCAGCUGGAGAGGAGGCGCAGGCUGGAGGAGGAGGCUCUACAGAAGGCGGAAGAGGCCAGAGAUCACUGCCAAGCUUGUCAAGUCGAUGUCGGUGUCAAGAGAGUGGAUUUGACCAAAACCAAAAGUGUCAUAGUCGCCCAGCUCCGAGAAAUGAUCUCCCAGUGCGACCUUACCCUCAAAGCCGUGACGGUGAACUGGUUCCAGCUCCAACAGGCACAGGUGGUGUCUCUUCCGGUUAACCACCAGAGCCUGUGUGAAAAUGCCAAACUUUACGAGCCGGGACAGCGCUAUAUUGACUUUGUGAGGAGCUUGCCCACCGACGCACCUCGCCUGGAGUCCCACUCUUUUGAAUUUGGCGUGAUUUUCAACAAGCGAUCGCUCAGUGGAAGUCAUUCAUCCAAUAGUAACCUGUCCCAGAAUUCAGUGACCUCUGACAUCAUCAGUCCAGACGAAGUGGACAGCCCCUGCAGCGCACAACACCCAAAGAUCUCAGAGAGAAGAUCUAACAGCAGCAUAGACACACAAGCUCUUCGGAUACAGACUCCUUUCCAGCCCUGGACUUCCACCAAUCAGGGCGGAGGCAUGUGUAGCGACUCUGAAAGUGCCGGAGGGAGCAGCGAGUCUCGGUCGAUGGAUUCCCCGACUGCCAGCCCAGGGGACUUCAAGAGGCGGUUACCCAGAACCCCUUCCACUGGCACAAUGUCGUCGGCGGAUGAUUUGGACGAGAGAGAGCCUCCGUCCCCUUCAGACAAUGGCCUGAAUGACAUUGUAAUGGAGACAGCCAGCUCUCCGGGACCCUUUCGGAACACACAGAUGUCCAAAGCCGCGCAGACUCACAAGCUGCGAAAGCUACGCGCUCCCUCCAAGUGUAGAGAGUGUGACGGGCUGGUGGUGUUCCACGGGGCAGAGUGCGAAGAGUGUUCUUUGGCGUGCCAUAAGAAGUGCCUGGAAACGCUGGCUAUCCAAUGCGGCCAUAAGAAACUCCAGGGAAGACUUCACCUGUUUGGCAUUGACUUCACACAAGCUGCAAAAAACUGUCCAGACGGUGUCCCCUUCAUUAUAAAGAAAUGCACCUCUGAGAUUGAGAACAGGGCCCUCAAUAUUAAGGGUAUCUAUCGUGUCAACGGUGCCAAAUCCAGGGUUGAGAAGUUGUGCCAAGCGUUCGAAAAUGGGAAAGACCUGGUGGAGCUUUCUGAACUCUAUCCACAUGACAUUAGCAACGUUCUUAAACUAUAUCUUAGACAGCUUCCAGAGCCGCUCAUCCUGUUCCGCUACUACAACGACUUUAUAGGUUUAGCCAAAGAGAGCCAGCGGAUCAUAGUGGAGGAGCUGGAGGCCUCCAAGCUCAGCCCCACGCCCGUGUCCCCGUCUCAGGUCAGCGUGGAGCUCAACCGCGUCCUGUUCAAAAUCAAAGACCUCCUCAGACAGCUGCCACCGAAGCACUACAAGACCCUGCAGUUUCUGAUCCAGCAUUUGCACCGUGUCUCUGAAAAAUCAGAAGAAAACAAAAUGACCGCCAGUAACCUGGGUAUCAUCUUUGGGCCGACCCUGAUCAAACCUCGGCAGGCGGACGCAGAGGUGUCCCUGUCCUCCCUGGUGGAUUACCCCUACCAGGCGCUGAUAGUGGAGCUCCUCAUCCGCCACUAUCAGAUGGUCUUCGAUACUCCCCUCAGUCCCCUGGGCUGCAGCUCCCCGCGGGCGAUAAAGGGACGACCAAGACUUAGCGCACGGGAGAAGGAGCAGCAGCUGAGCAGGCAUUCGAAGUCUAUGGGGGACAUCAAAGAGCAGAGCUCUAAAGUCUACAAGAGGCACUCCUCCAUCAUUCCCUCGUCACACCUCCUGGCUGAGGUUCAAGAGAGCAUGCCGAGCCUCGAUGGGACUGACUUCCAACCCGGAGAUGAUGUGGAUUCCCUGAACGGCCAUCUGUCUUCAAGUGUCCCCGAUGUCCCCAAGACGCCUGGCCUCUCUCGCUCCCAUCAGGUGACUGUUACCAAAGUCCAGCUCCGUCACCAGCGCCAUAAGCUGCCUUCAGGCUUCUUAACCCGGCCCGUCAGCAUGCCCCCUGAGCGGGUACAAGCAGACGACAGCCCCGACGACCCCAAAUGGAGUCAGUCUAUCCAAGAGGUGGACGAAACCGAAACCACGCAAGUGCGGGGCUGUGCCACUUCUCAUUACCGCAGGACAUUUAUCGACACGCAAACUCUACGGAGAACUUGGGAUAAACAGUAUAAACACCACGAUGUAUCGACACGAACUGUUAAAAUCAUGCCGACGGAAAGCACGGAAGGAAAUAAGCAAGGUCCCCCACAGACUAUUGGCAUCAUUUACCCAAGUCGGCCUUAUUCAAUCGCAGUCCGGCCCAAUCGUAGUCUGAAGAGGGAGGACAAUACUAAAGGUAGCCCGCUUUCUGGAGGAUUCAGAGCGCCUAGGACUUUACAACCACCGCCAGGAACUUUUUACAAACCGCCAUCCGCGAAUAAAGUGUUGCAAAAGUUUAACUCGAUAAACAGCGCAGAGGAUGAAGAUGAGGAUGAUGACGAGGAGGAGGAGUUAGGUUUAGAGAUUGAGGUGUCAGUGGACGAGCCUUUAGAUGAGGACAAUGAAGUGGACCAGGCAGAUUCUUCGGAGUCCCUCAGUCCGAGUCCGGAGGAGAUGGGUUCAGAUCAGGGAAAACCGGUGUUUCCGAGGCUCCGCACCAGAAGAAAAAACACAGCAAACUCAUUUAUAUUUGUUAAUCUGAGGUUGUUUCCUGGUGGAUGCCAUUCCCUGUGGAAGACAGGAGCCAUGGGGGCCGGAGGGCAGCUGCGGCUCCUGCUGUGGAAGAACUGGACCAUCCGCAAAAGGCAGAGGAUGCGGUUCUUGAUAGAGAUCCUGUGGCCUGUCUUUCUGUUUAUGGGACUAGUUUGGCUCAGAAGUGUGAAUCCUCUUUACCGUCAACAUGAGUGCCACUUUCCAAACAAAGCCUUGCCCUCCGCUGGGGUCCUGCCGUGGAUCCAGGGAAUCUUCUGCAAUGCCAACAACCCGUGUUUCCAGUUCCCGACUCGCGGAGAGUCGCCCGGCCUCGUGUCCAACUACAACAACUCCAUUCUGGCGCGGCUGUACGCAGACGCCCAGGAGCUGCUGCUCUCGGAGCCAGAGUUCCAAAAGCUCGGACAGAUGUGGACGGAACUCACCACCAUGAGCGACUUCAUGGAGACGCUGCGCACACGGCCCGAGCGCGUCGCAGGUCGCGGAGUGAAGGUGGAGAGCAUACUGAAGGAUGACGAGAUGUUGACUUCAUUUCUGUUGAGAGACAUCCCACUGACGCACACGGUCGUGAACCAUCUGGUGACAGCCAGAAUCAGGCCUGAGCAGUUUGCCUCUGGAGUUCCUGACCUUCAUCUGAAAGACAUCGCCUGCAGUUUGAACCUUCUGGAACGCUUUCUUGUGUUUUCGAGCCGCAAAGGUCUCUACGCCGUCCGCAACGCCAUGUGCAUCCUCACCCCGCAGAGACUACAGAUCAUCGAGGACAAGUUUUACGCCAAUGUGGACUUUUUCAAGGUUUUCAAGCUGCUUCCUCCUGUGUUUGAAGACAACUCCAGUGGCAUCGACAUUCGCCUGUGGGUGCGUGUCAUCUCUGCCGUCUCUGAAAAACUUGGAGAGUUGUUCCGGAGGAACAGUUCCCAGGAGCUGCUGCAGGUUUUGACCCCUCUUUUCCAAAGCGACCUGUCCUUCAGAGGACUGAUGUCCGCAGCCUCCAGCCUCGUCUGUGGAUACACUGAGGGGGCCUUCUCCAGAGUCACCUCCUUCAACUGGUACGAGGACAACAACUACAAAGCCUUUCUGGGAAUCGGCAGUCGCAACACCCAAGGACACUACACCUACGACAACAGCACAACACCUUUCUGUAACGACAUGAUGAAAGAGCUGGAGUCAAACCCUGCUACACGGAUUGUGUGGAGCUCAGUGAAGCCGAUGUUAAUGGGGCAGAUCCUCUACGCACCAGACUCUCCAGCCAUCAGAAAGAUCAUCAAAAAUGCCAAUACUACCUUCGAGGAGCUGGAGAGGCUGCGGACUAUGGGGAAAGCCUGGGAAGAGGUGGCUCCGCAAAUCUGGUCUUUCUUUCAAGACGGCGUCCAGGUCAAGAUGAUCCGGGAUACCAUCUCCAACCCUUCUGUGAUGGAUUUUAUUGACAGGAGUUUGGAAAAGGUUCCAUUUUCCUCCAAACACAUCCUCAACUUUCUGUACAAUGGUCCACCAGAGGAGAGGCCUGAGGGAUUACCCAAUUACGACUGGCGAGAUUUUUUCAACCUCAUUGAUCGAGUCAUUCGAAUGCUCAACCAAUACGGGGACUGUGUGCUUCUGGAUAAGUUUGUGGCCAUGCCUGAUGAAGACAUCGUCACUCACCAAGCCCUGGACCUUUUAGAAGAGGGAAAAUUCUGGGCCGGUCUAGUCUUCACAAAUAUGUUUUCAUGGACCAAUCACGUUCCACCUCACGUCAUGUUUAAGAUCCGCAUGGACAUUGACUCAGUGGAGCGCACCAAUAAGAUCAAAGACAGGUAUUGGGACCCCGGACCCAGAGCUGACCCCAUGGAUGACCUGCGCUAUGUCUGGGGUGGAUUUUCCUACCUUCAGGACAUAAUAGAGCAUGGCAUCAUCAAGACUCACACAGGAAAAGAGUGGCCCAUGGGCGUGUACCUGCAGCAGAUGCCUUACCCUUGUUAUGUUGAUGAUCUGUUCAUGCUGACGUUAAAUCGCUGCUUCCCGAUCUUCAUGGUGCUGGCCUGGGUCUACUCUGUGUCCAUGAUGGUGAAAAGCAUCGUCCUGGAAAAGGAGCUCCGUCUGAAGGAGACUCUGAAGACCGCAGGAGUCACAAACGGAGUCAUCUGGUCUGCAUGGUUUAUUGAUAGUUUCCUCAUGAUGGGCACCAGCACUGCUCUCCUCACUGCCAUCAUCAUGGGAGGUAGAGUUUUGAACUACAGCAAUCCCAUCAUCCUCUUCCUGUUCCUGCUCACCUUCACCACGGCGACCAGCAUGCAGUGCUUCCUCCUCAGUGUGUUCUUCAAUCAGGCCAAUCUGGCGGCAGCGUGUUGUGGCAUCGUCUUCUUCAGCCUGUACCUGCCCCACAUCUGCUGCUUCGCCUGGCAGGAGCGCAUCACCAAAGACAUCAAACUCCUGGUGAGUCUGCUGUCCCAGGUUGCGUUUGGCUUUGGCACAGAGUACUUGUCUCGGUACGAGGAGCAGGGCCUUGGUCUUCAGUGGGACAAUAUUCAGACCAGUCCUCUUGAGGGGGACGAGUUCUCCUUCCUCAGCUCCAUCUGUAUGAUGGCCCUGGACUCGGUGCUCUACGGAGUCCUGGCCUGGUACCUGGAUAACGUGUUCCCAGGGCAGUACGGUAUUGGCCAGCCAUUUUACUUUCCUUUGCGCUUUAGUUAUUGGUUCAACUCUGUCGCUCCAGCCCCAGACCAAGAGGAGAUGGAUAACAACAGCUUGGAUAAUGGCGUGAAUAAGACCUCAGAGGAGAUUCCUUCAUGUGAACACCAGCAGCCAAAGACCCAAAGUCAUCAGUAUUUUGAAGCCGAGCCAGUGGAUUUGGAGAAGGGAGUUUGUAUUCUUAAUCUCGUUAAAGUCUUUGGCAGCAGCUACCGACCUGCAGUGGAUGGCCUGAGCAUCAACUUUUAUGAAGGACAGAUCACGGCUUUCCUGGGGCAAAACGGAGCUGGGAAAACCACCACCAUGUCUAUUUUGACCGGCAUGUUCCCUCCGACUUCUGGAACUGCAACCAUUUAUGGAAAGGACAUCUGCUCCGACAUGGAUGCGAUCCGCCUGUCUCUGGGAAUGUGCCCCCAACACAACAUCCUUUUUCAGUACAUGACUGUUGCUGAGCAUAUCCUUUUUUAUGCUCUGCUAAAAGGACGUCCUAUUGCAGAAGCUGAAGAGGAGGUGGAAAACAUGCUUCAGGAACUGGGUUUGCCUCAUAAGAGAGAUGAACUCACCCAGAACCUCUCUGGUGGAAUGCAGAGAAAGUUGUCAGUGGCUUUGGCUUUUGUGGGAGGAGCUAAAGUUGUUAUUUUAGACGAGCCCACAUCAGGGGUAGACCCUUACUCAAGACGCUCCAUCUGGGACCUUCUACUAAAGUAUCGAGCAGGGCGCACAGUGAUCAUGUCCACACACCACAUGGACGAGGCCGACCUGCUGAGUGACCGAGUGGCCAUCAUCUCUCAGGGCCGACUCUGCUGCUGUGGAUCACCCAUUUUCCUCAAGAACUGUUUUGGAGCUGGAUUUUAUCUCACACUCGUGCGGAAGAUAAAGCAUGAUGUUCAAAAGACAAGCUGUGAUCACACUGAGGACUGCAACUGUAAAUGUUCCAAAUGUUCCAUGUUUAAAAGACCUCAAGAGAACACUCCAGUGCGACAGAUGGACGGUAACAUGGAGAGGCUCAGCGCGCUGGUGCACCAUCACGUCCCUCAGGCUCAGCUCGUUGAAGCCAUUGGUCAAGAGGUGACAUUUCUGCUUCCAAACCGCAACUUCCAGCCCCGAGUUUACGCCAGUCUGUUCAGAGAGCUGGAGGAAACCCUCACUGACAUCGGCCUCAGCAGCUUUGGAAUAUCCGACACGUCCCUGGAGGAGGUUUUCCUAAAAGUCACUGCUGAUGGGAAUGCAACCAACAGGAAAUGCGUGCAAGAUUGGAGAUUAUUGCAAGAGAUUUCUCGAGCUAGUCUGUGUGGAUUCAACAGAGUGGCAAUAGAGGUUGAACAAGAUGGGGCUCAGGCGAACGGCUCAGGAGGCUGCAGCUUCUCAGAAGUGAACGAAGGCAGUGGCUCCUAUCAGGUCAGAGGGAUGUGUUUGAUUCUCAAACAAUUCUUUGCUCUGCUCAUCAAACGACUGCACCACGCCACACGGUCCUUCAAAGACUUCAUUGCACAGAUUGUGCUCCCGGCAAGUUUUAUUUUCCUGGUUUUAACGUUCACUUUGAUCGUUCCACCCUUUGGAGAGUAUCCGAGCCUGACCCUCAGCCCCUGGAUGUAUGGAAGACAAUACACAUUUUUCAGUAAUGAGCACCCAGCAGAUGCAGAACUGAGGUACUUUGGGGAAGUUCUGCUGGACAGACCAGGCUUUGGGACACGGUGCAUGGUGGAUGAACCACUUGAAGAUUUCCCCUGUAACAACAUCACCACAGAGUGGGAGAUGCCGCUGGUGAACCCUGCUCUGAUUGAGAUGCUGGAUGGUCCGCAGUGGGACACCAUGACUCCCUCUCCAGACUGUCAGUGCAGCUCCCCCACCAAACUCACCAUGCUCCCAGUGUGUCCUGAGGGAGCUGGGGGGCUGCCUCCACCACAGAGGAUUCAGUCGACAGGAGACGUUCUCAUGGAUCUAACAGGAAGGAACAUCUCUGACUUUUUGGUGAAGACCUACCCAAGUCUCAUCAGGACCAGCCUUAAGAGCAAAUACUGGGUGAAUGAGCAAAGGUAUGGAGGAAUAUCUGUGGGGGGACAACUUCCUAUUCUAGACAUUGAUCCCAAGACCAUCCAGGAUUUGGCUUCACAACUCGGCCGAUUGCUGAAUGUUACAGGGGGUCCAAACUCUAAACAAUCACUAAAAGACAUAGGGACUUUUCUAAAGUAUAUGGAGACAGCAAAGAAUAUUAAGGUGUGGUACAAUAAUAAGGGCUGGCACUCCAUGGUGUCUUUCAUAAAUGUGGCAAACAACGCCAUCCUCAGAGUAAACCUGCCCAAAGACUCUGCUCUGGCUGAAUACGGCAUCACGGCUGUGAACCAUCCCCUGAACCUCUCCAAAGAACAGCUCUCGGAGAUCACUGUCCUGACCACCGCAGUGGACGCAGUGGUGGCAAUCUGUGUUAUUUUCGCCAUGUCCUUUGUGCCGGCGAGCUUUGUCCUCUAUCUCAUCCAGGAGCGGGUCACUCAGGCCAAGCACCUGCAGUUUGUCAGCGGAGUCAGUCCCGUGGUUUACUGGACAGCAAACUUCCUCUGGGACAUGUUGAAUUACUCCAUCAGUGCAGUGCUGGUGGUGGAAAUAUUCAAGUUCUUUGAUAAGAAGUGCUACACGUCACCCACAAAUCUUCAGCCACUGGUUUCUCUUUUCAUGCUCUACGGGUGGUCGGUGACUCCCAUGAUGUACCCCAUGUCCUACGUGUUCAGCGUCCCGAGCACAGCCUACGUCUCUCUCUCCUGUAUAAACCUUUUCAUCGGCAUCAACAGCAGCGCUAUCACAUUUAUCCUGGACUUGUUUGAAAGCAGCUCGGCCUUGUACAAGUUGAACCAGGUUUUGAAAGUCCUUCUGCUCGUGUUCCCUCAUUACUGUUUCGGCCGUGGACUCAUUGAUCUGGCAAUGAACCAGGCGGUAACAGAUGUCCUCGCUCGCUUUGGUGAAGACCAUAGUCCUGACCCUUAUAGCUGGCACUACUUGGGCAAGAACAUGUUUUGUAUGGCUGCUGAAGGCUUCAUCUACUUCUUGAUAAAUAUUUUGAUCCAGUAUCGCUUUUUCUUGGAUCACCGGCUUCCUGAUUCCUCUCAGCAUAAUAUUGUGGAUGAAGACGCUGACGUGGCUGAAGAGAGGCAGAGAAUUUACAAAUUUGACAAAACAAAUGAUAUUUUAUGCGUGCGAGACCUGUCCAAGACAUACUCUGGAACAAUGAUCCCGGCUGUGGACAGGAUUUGUCUUGGGGUAUCUCCUGGAGAGUGCUUUGGCCUACUGGGAGUGAAUGGAGCAGGAAAAACCACCACAUUCAAAAUGCUGACUGGAGAUACUGAUGUGACCUCUGGAAAAGCUUCAGUUGCUGGCCACAGCAUCUUGACCAACAUCCUGGACGUGCACCAGAACAUGGGCUACUGUCCGCAGUUUGAUGCCAUCGAUGAACUGUUGACAGGAAGAGAGCACCUUCACCUGUACGCCCGCCUACGAGGGGUCCCCGAGAACCAGAUCCCCACGGUGGCUGAGUGGGCCAUCCAAAAGCUGGGUUUGUCAGAGGACGCUGGUCACACUGCAGGGACGUACAGCGGAGGAAACAGGAGGAAACUGUCCACUGCCAUCGCCAUGAUCGGAUGCCCUGCGCUCGUGCUGCUGGACGAGCCCACCACCGGCAUGGACCCUCUGUCCAGACGCUUCCUGUGGAACUCCAUCAUGAGUGUGAUUCAGGACAAACGAGCGGUGGUCCUCACAUCACACAGCAUGGAAGAGUGUGAGGCGCUCUGUACUCGCUUAGCCAUCAUGGUCAACGGAUCCUUCCGAUGCUUAGGCUCAAUCCAGCAUCUCAAAUACAAGUUUGGAGAUGGUUAUGUGGUAACUAUGAAGAUCCGAGCGGCUAAACCCGGCUGUGCUCCAGACCUGAACCCUGCAGAGGCCUUCAUGGAGAGCUCCUUCCCCGGCUGCAUCCAGAGAGAAAAACAUUACAACACGUUGCAAUACAAAAUUUCCUCCUCAUCGUUGGCCAGGAUCUUUCAAAUGGUGCUCGCAAACAAGGACAAACUCAACAUAGAGGACUACUCAGUGUCACAGACCACUCUGGACCAGGUGUUUGUAAAUUUUGCCAAGCAGCAGUCACGAGAGGAUGAACACAUAGUGCUGCACCCGAAAGCUGCCGGAGCUCAACGGACUUUUAUUACCUCUCCCAUCAACAGGUUCAGAAAGUGA